UGGCAACAGCUCUCCCUCAAUACCCGUCUUCUCAGACACCUGUCUUCUCUCCUUCCUAUUUUCAUUUCCUCCGUCGUCUUCCUCUGUCUGUCUGUCUCUCUCUCUAUCUGUCUAGGUUUCUCUGUUUUGUCUUUCGUUAUAUUCACAAGAAUUCCCCCACUACAUUUCGGUUUCAAUGCCAUCCCCUUCAUUUAUUUCUUUCACCAUAAAAGCUCUCCAUCUGAACAAUUACAAUUACACAUAAAAGUUCCUUUUUUUUUUUUUUUUUUUUCAGAAACUGUUGAAACACAUGUGCGCAAAACCCCUCCUUCUUCGUUCGAUCCCUAAUGCAAUGAUCUAAAAGCUUUUCUAUUCGAAGCUUUCUUGGUUUUUGGAAAUGGAAGAUCACGAGGAGGAACAACCGGCUUUUGAGAUUGGGGUGGUGGUUCCGAAGACGAGUAAUGUCAAGGCAGAGGACGAAAGUUCCGACUGUGUGGAGGCUCUUGUACGUGAGUUUAAGAAUGUGGGUCUUGUAGUCGAGAGAGUCAUUGGCGUUGCUGAUCAGUUUAUCAAGCUGGCAGCAUCUCUGGAGACUUUGGGAAAGGCUGCAGCCAGGUUGCAAAUAAAGAAAAGGACCCGCAUUGGAGUGGAUUUGCAAUUUGAAUGGGAGGAGGCUGAGGCCUUUGUGAGGCAACCUGAUGGUUCAUUGUUCAGUUGGAGUGAGAGAUUUCAUUGUUAUCAGCACUUAAUUUAUGGAAUUGAGAACAAGGGCAAGUCAGCUGUAAUUCUUGAACACAAUGGUAAAGAAGUACGAUGGGAAGUCGGGGAAUGUUUGCUGCAGAAGUUGGGAUCUGAGGGCAUUGUUAAGCAAGUAUUCCCAUUGCACGAUGAAACGAAAAGGAAGAAACUCCUCCAUAGCUGGGCAUUACAUUGGCGUGACUUCACAAACCAGCCAGUAGAUGAUAUUUACUCGUACUUUGGGACAAAGAUCGCGCUCUACUUUGCUUUCCUUGGAAUGUACACACGGUGGUUACUGUUUCCAGCUGCCUUUGGCAUAAUGUUGCAGAUUAUUGAUUUUGGGCCAUUGCAGUUACUGGUGCUUCCCAUUUUCUUCAUAUUCAUUAUUCUGUGGGCAAUAAUGUUCUCCCAGUUCUGGAAACGUAAAAAUUCUGCCCUCUUAGCCAGAUGGCAAAUUAGUUAUCCAAUUGGAGCUGACGCUGGAUACAAACUUUUGGGCAUGGAAUGGAGUUCUUUGCAGUCACCUAUGGAACUAAUAAGAAAAAAACGGGUGACUGACAACGCAAAAGAGAAAGAGAUUUUCCAAAGGAAUGAGUGGUUUGGACGGCUCAUGAGAUUCAGAAAUGAUGCUCUUGUUAUAUUAAGUAUUAUAUGCCUCCAGUUGCCCUUUGAAGUGGCCUAUGCUCAUACUUACGAGGUUACGGAGUCUGAUCUUAUGAAGUUUGGGUUGACAACCAUUUAUCUUUUUGCCAUUCAAUACGUUACCCAUAUUGGGGGUAAGAUCUCGGUCGGGCUCAUUAAGCAUGAAAACAAUGAAAACAAAGAAAAAAGAGCAGACAGCUUGGUCUACAAGGUUUUUGGUCUGUAUUUUAUGCAAUCAUAUAUAGGUAUUUUCUACCAUGCACUCUUGCACCGUAGCUUUUUGACUCUCCGCCAAGUCUUGAUUCAGCGCCUCCUUGUGUCUGAGGUGUUGGAAAACCUGUUGGAGAAUUCUUUACCUUAUCUUAAAUAUAGUUACAAGAAAUAUAGAAUCCGAAGGAAGAGAAAAUGUGAAAAGGGAUCCUUAACUGGGAAAAUUCAGUUUACUUCCAGGGUUGAGAAAGAGUACUUGAAACCUUCCUAUUCUGCAAGCAUAGGCGACGAGCUUGAAGAUGGACUCUUUGAUGAUUUUUUGGAGUUGGCAUUGCAGUUUGGACUUAUCAUGAUGUUUGCCUGUGCAUUUCCCCUCACAUUUGCCUUUGCUUUUCUGAAUAACAUCACUGAAAUCAGGACAGAUGCAGUAAAGCUGCUUACCAUGUUUAAAAGGCCUGUUCCUCGUGCUGCCAUGACGAUUGGAGCUUGGCUGAACAUUUUUCAGUUUCUUAUAUUGAUGUCUAUAUGCACCAACUGUGCACUUUUGGCAUGGUUAUAUGAUCGAGAGGGUAAAUGGAAAAUAGAGCCUGGACUCGCAGCGAUCCUUGUCAUGGAACAUGUCCUCCUCCUGAUAAAGUUUGGAUUUUCGCGCUUUGUUCCCGAGGAACCUGCCUGGGUGAGAGCCAACCGAAUGAAAAACGCGACACAGGCACAGGACAUGUGUUCUAAACAGCUUUUGCGGACCAUUUCUGGAGGAGAAGGGGCAUUUGCUGAGGUAAAGAAGUUGGAGGCAGUGGAUUAGAGCUGUGUCAUCAUAUUAACAAGAAUCUUGUGCUGUAGUUCUUGCUGAUAUGUAAGUUUUGACUUGCUGUGGCCUGUUGUAUCAGGAAAUAGAUUUUUUAUUUUUAUUUUUAUUAUUUUUAUU